GAUCUAGAUUUCUCAUCACAUCCACGGGAGCCUUGUAUAUUAUAGAUGUACAGAAUGAAGAUGGAUUGUAUAAUUACCGAUGUAUCACUCGGCACAGAUACACUGGAGAAACACGUCAGAGCAACAGUGCUAGACUUUUUGUAUCAGACCCAGCAAACUCGGCUCCAUCUAUUCUGGAUGGAUUUGAACACCGUAAAGCCAUGGCAGGACAGCAAGUGGAGCUGCCUUGCAAAGCAUCUGGACACCCAGCACCAAAGUAUCGCUGGCUGAAGGACAAUGUUCCCUGGGAACCUGACAGCCGGUUCCGGCCAAUGGUGACAGGCCUUCUGAUAGAAAAUACACGCCCAUCAGACUCAGGCAACUAUGUGUGUGAAGUCUGGAACAAUUAUGGUACAGCUGAAGUGAUAGGCCGCUUGCAUGUAAAACAGCCUCUGAAAGCCACCAUCAGUCCUCGAAAAGUUAAGAGCAGUGUUGGUAGUCGAGUGUCCUUGUCCUGCAGUGUGACUGGAACAGAGGACCAUGAACUCUUCUGGUAUCGAAAUGGAGAAAUCAUCAAUACUGGGAAUAAUGUGAGAAUCAUUGGAGUCAAUCACGAGACUCUUAUUAUGGAUGGCAUGGCCAAAAGUGACGGUGGGGCAUACCAGUGUUUUGUACGCAAAGACAAGAUGUCUGCACAAGAUUAUGUUCAGGUGGUGCUAGAAGAUGGAACUCCUAAAAUAAUUUCAGCCUUCAGUGAGAAAGUGGUAAGCCCAGGGGAAGGUGUAUCCUUGAUGUGCAAUGUGAAGGGAACUCCUCUUCCUACAAUCAUGUGGACUUUGGAUGAAAAUCCCAUAAUUAAAGAUGGGAACCACCGUAUUAGUCAGAUCAUCACUUCUGAUGGGAAUGUGGUCAGCUACCUAAACAUCUCCAGCACUCAGGUCCGAGAUGGUGGAGUAUAUCGUUGUACUGCCAACAACUCAGCUGGAGUCGUCCUCUACCAGGCUCGAAUAAACGUAAGAGGACCAGCCAGCAUUCGACCAAUGAAAAAUAUUACAGCAAUAGCAGGGCGGGAUACCUUCAUUCACUGUCGUGUCAUUGGUUACCCUUACUACUCAAUCAAGUGGUACAAGAAUUCUAAUCUGCUCCCUUUUAAUCAUCGUCAAGUAGCAUUUGAAAACAAUGGAACACUGAAGCUCUCAGAUGUGCAGAAGGAGGUGGAUGAGGGGGAAUACACAUGCAAUGUUCUGGUUCAGCCCCAACUGUCCACCAGCCAGAGUGUACAUGUGACAGUAAAAGUGCCACCUUUUAUCCAGCCCUUUGAAUUUCCGAGGUUCUCUAUUGGCCAGAGAGUCUUCAUUCCAUGUGUUGUGGUCUCAGGGGACUUGCCUAUUACAAUCACCUGGCAGAAGGAUGGUAGGCCAAUCCCAGCCAGUCUUGGGGUGACCAUUGACAACAUUGACUUCACCAGCUCCUUAAGGAUUUCUAAUCUUUCCCUUAUGCACAAUGGAAACUAUACCUGUAUAGCAAGAAACGAUGCAGCAGCUGUGGAGCACCAAAGCCAAUUAAUUGUUAGAGUUCCCCCCAGAUUUGUGGUUCAGCCAAUUGAUCAAGAUGGGAUUUAUGGAAAAGCUGUGAUCCUCAACUGCUCUGCAGAAGGCUAUCCUGUUCCUACCAUUGUCUGGAAGUACUCCAAAGGCGCUGGAGUUCCCCAGUUUCAGCCAAUUGCCUUGAAUGGGCGCAUCCAGCUUCUGACAAAUGGCUCCUUGUUGAUCAAGCAUGUUCUGGAAGAAGAUAGCGGAUACUACCUCUGCAAGGUCAGCAAUGAUGUGGGGGCUGACGUCAGCAAGUCCAUGUACCUCACUGUUAAAA